AUGGUCGCCAGCAGCGGCGUCGACGCACAAUACGGGCUGCCCGUGAAUCACAGAACAGAGGAGAGGAGGGCAUUCCGUUUCUGGAUGCGAUCGCUGCAGCCCCCAGCCCUUAGAUCGAUUUCGACCUCGACUUCGACCUCGACCUUGGCCCUCGACCUCACCCCGUCGCUCGACCCUCUAGAAGUACCACCAGUACCGGUAAUUGUUUGUCUCUCGCGAACCCACGAACAGAAGAAUCCGAGUACAGUGUUGAAGGCUGUGCUCGAGACACCGGCGACCCUGCGACAAACGGCCACGGCCUGCAAUCAGGAACAGUCAAACGAACGAACGAACGACCGAGACCGACCGACCGACCGACUGAACGAACGAACGUACGAACGUACGAACGAACGAACGAACGUCGCCAGGGGCAGCAUGGCUCGCAAAUCUAUACCCCUACCGCUAACGCUGCCUAACUCAACAGAUGUCGACGACGAGCCCGACUCCCACUCUCCUCUGAGCCCCAGGUCCAAGGCCAAGUCCCAUUCCAAGUCCCAUUCCAAGUCCAUGUCGAGAUCUCCACGAUCGCCUUUCAGAUUCCACGCAUCAAAGAGCUCAUCAAAGAAGGUACCAAGCGACUUCCCGGCAAUGCAAGCUGCCGCUGCUGCCGAAUCGCAGCACACCCCCUCUACCACCCGGAGCCUUUCGGCCUCGCACAUCUUGCCUACCUUGUCAACACUACAGCCGGAUCUGGGCCAAGAGCAGAAGGAGCGGCCUGCCCGGAGCGGCUUCUUUGCAAAUUACAAGGCCUCCAAGAAUUCGAACCGCUCACAGAAAAAUCGGACGGGUUCCGCAGGCCAGCAGGAGGACAGAAUGUCCAGAGACGCAGACCGGCCUGCCAUGCAUGCGAGGGUCUCAUCCAAGGACACGUCCAGAACUGGUGAGAAAAUAAACUCCACACGAAUCUUUGCUUCUUCCGGACGGACAGCACUGACGCCAGUCGCGCAAACAGAAUCGAGUCUCGACAGAUCCAUUGCGAGGAGAGCAGUCGGUGGGCCAUCCCGUUCGGAGGUAUCACUCGAAUCGACCGGCGACUCCUCUUCUCCCCCGUCGACUGGCAAUGCCGGCGCAAAGAAGAACAGACCGAAGCCAUUCAGUAUACUGUCUCGGUCCAAGUCGAUCCGCGACGAUCAUUCGCCUCGAGAGCCUUCGCCGACAAAGAGCAAGGCUGCGGAAGCCGAUAAGCAUCCGACACAAAAUGCCGACUCGAGAUCGACGCAUACUCCCCCCGACCAACCCGACAAUAGGUCCUUCAGAUCGAUGGUAAGCUCGACGCCUCGCAAGGACUCCGAAGAUCGACAGCGAUCUUUGACUCGAGAUAUGCCACCGCCGAAAGAGGGUAGCAAGCUUCGAGAGCAAAAGGAACAAGGCAGGUCGCACACAAUCCCCAAGGACAACGCUCGGCUACAUACCUCUUCCUCGGGCCAUGGGCGCGAGGGUUUCUUGAACAACCUCAAAAGCUCUGCAAGCAAGGGGGCUGGAGCACUGAGUAAAGGUCUGUUCGGGAAAGGGGGUAGUCGGAGCGGAAGCACUCACGAGAAAGAAGCCCCGGUCGACGACGAGCACUACCAGCUGAAGGUCCUCAACCUCAAUCUGGUAGAGCAGACGCGGCUCACCCGGAUCUCGAAGAAGUUGGAGGACUCCAAGGACAAGACAGAGUUCUGGAUGCCAGCCUUCCCGUGGAGAGCGAUCGACUACUUGAACUACAAAGGCAGCGAUGUAGAGGGAUUAUACAGAGUACCAGGCAGCGGCCCACAGAUCAAGAAGUGGCAGAGGAGAUUUGACGAGGAAUUUGACAUUGAUCUCUUUGAGCAAGAUGAGCUUUACGACAUAAACAUUAUAGGUUCGAUGCUCAAGGCCUGGCUCCGUGAGCUGCCGGACGAACUUUUCCCCAAGAGUUCUCAGGAUCGCAUCAAUCGUGAAUGCGACAAGGACCAAGAGGAGGUUCCCCAGCUGCUGAUCGACGAACUCUCCAACCUCUCGCCAUUCAACUACUACCUUCUCUUCGCCAUCACCUGCCACCUCUCGCUCCUCCUCGCCCACUCCGACAAGAACAAGAUGGAUUACCGAAACCUGUGCAUCUGCUUUCAGCCAUGCAUGAAGAUCGACGCAUUCUGCUUCAAGUUCCUCGUGUGCAACUGGAGGGAAUGUUGGAAGGGGUGCAAGACGGAGCAGUUCUACAUCGAGCAGGAGUACAUACUAUUUGACAUGGUUUCCAACUCGGCCGCCGAAGGACGAGACAGCACCGCCGUUGAGAGUCACGACGAACGCAAUGUCUCGAGCUCAGACAGCAGCAAGCCAAGUAGUGUAAGCAUCGAUCAAUCUGGCCAGAAGGCCGGUGGGAGCAACAGCAAAAAGACUCCUCAGAGCCUGAAUACAGGUGCCUCUAACACUAUCAAUACGGCACUAACCGUUGUCAACGAGAGCCCCCCCGCAGCAACUCGCCGAAGCAACGAAAUGAGACCCUUGAGUCCUAUCAAGCCACUAAGUCCCAUUGGGUUUUGA